AUGAGUAAUCUGGUUAGGCAGAUUCUGGCAAUGGUUGUUGAACAGCUGAAGGGGAGAAAUCCAGCACAGCACUUCAACCCGUGGAAAGGCGAUCAGGAUGGCACUUCUCUGGUUAAAAAAUGGUUUGUUCAGAUUAGGUGUAAUGGAUUCUUCCGUUCAAAUCAAAAUCCUGAUGAAUAUUUAGCCUCGUUAAAAGGAUCAAACGUUCCAAUUAGAUUAAGAGAUUAUGAAUUUGAAUUACCAGAUUCUGAAUUAUUAAAUAUUCUUCAUUAUUAUAUUUCUCAUAAGUUCCCAAAUCAUGAAGGAAUAUUUGAUGAAACUGCUUUAUUAGCCCUGGGGAUGAUUAUGGAAUAUUGGAUUGAUGAAAUCAUUGGUGAUAAUGGUCAUGGGUUAUAUAUUGAAUAUGUUGAGCCUGGUAAAAGAAGGAAAUAUAAAUCAAGAAAAAAGAGAAAAAUUAUAAAAGAGAAUGGAAUGGAUACAGAUGAAUAG